CAUGUGUAUAUUAUAGGAUUCCUGGUCUACUCGCUGUUCCAAGGCACAGCUCAACAAACGAUUGCUUACAUAGAGGCUGAACUGGAGAGGAACCACCAUAUCAUGGGUUGGCUGUCACCGUACAAUAUGCGAAACAAUUACACUCAAAACUGGUACCUCGGACAAAUACAGUUCUUCGUCGGUAGCCUUCACUCACAGAUCAAAUCCAUCGAAAUCAGCCUCAGAAAGGAGCUGUCAAAGUUAUUCUUCGACAACACCGUCGACGAAUUCAUCUACCUCACUAUCUCGCCAACGGUCGAUCGAUUACAAAAAUACUUGGAUGAAGUGAAGCGGUUAUCUGCUCUGAGGGUUUACCCUCGAAGACCGUUCCGCAUUUCCUAG